AUGGUCGCCCAAGUUCAAAAACAAGCCCCAGCUUUCACCAAAACAGCCGUCGUCGACGGUAUCUUCGAAGAAGUCUCCUUGGACCAAUUCCAAGGCAAAUAUGUCAUCUUGGCCUUUGUCCCAAUGGCUUUCACUUUUGUCUGCCCCACCGAAAUCAUCGCCUUCUCCGAUGCCAUUGAAAAAUUCAGACAACAAAACUGUGAAAUCCUAUUUGCCUCCACCGAUUCAGAAUACACUCUGUUGUCCUGGACCAACCUAGCAAGAAAAGACGGUGGCCUGGGUCCAAUCAAUAUCCCACUAUUAUCCGACAAGAACCACUCCUUGGCCAGAGACUACGGUGUGUUGUUGGAAGACGAAGGUGUUGCUCUAAGAGGUUUGUUUUUGAUCGACCCAAAACGCGUCAUCAGACACAUCACCAUCAAUGAUUUGCCAGUCGGCAGAAACGUCGAUGAAGCUUUAAGAUUGGUUGAAGGUUUCCAAUGGGUCGACAAGAAUGGUACUGUUUUGCCAUGCAAUUGGACUCCUGGUAAAGCUACCAUCACUCCAAAUGUUGACGACAGUAAGGAAUAUUUCCAAAACGCAAACUAG